UUGGAAUGAGGGGAAUAGUGGAAUACGUGGUGAAUGGUUAAUCUUGCCAAUAGAAAGCUUACGUGGCGUGAUCCACUCCUCGGAAAUCUAAUUAUGAUAAUAAUGUGUGGAUAAGAAUCUCCGGUGUGUAUGCCACACACACACAAACACACACGAAGGCACUAAACUCCAAUUGCUAUUUUACUUUUUCUACAUUCAUAACAUUAUACUCUCUCUAACUGUCAUAACUCUUCCCACAAGCUCCUCAACUGUUCUACAGAGGUAUCCCUUCCUCUACUUCAACUUCUCUGCCUCCGAAACCAUACCAUCAUCUUGCAUUGACUAUGCAGUAUAAAUUACCAGAGGAGCUGCCAAGGGUAGAAUCAUGGAUAGCACCCAAAAGGGAGCCCUUAUGAGCAAUGAAGGUCUUAAAGAUUUACCACUCAUGGAACUGCAGCAAUACAGGAAUAACCAAAGUAAGUUAAGCUCUAGUCGAGAAGAGACUCGUGAUCAAUCUCGCUGCCUUAUCUGCACACGGGACAACAGUUGUCAAACAGUUUAUUCAAGAACCAAACUGAUGAAUACUUUGAUUGGAAGGGGGAAGCCACAGGAAGCUCAGUCCAUCUUCAAUAGUUUAACAGAACAAGGACAUAGGCCAACUCUUAUAACAUACACAGCUCUUGUGGCUGCCCUCACCCGCCAGAAGCGUUUCAAAUCCAUUAAUUCGCUUCUUUCUAAAGUUGUAGAGAAUGGAAUGAAGCCUGAUUCAAUACUUCUCAAUGCUAUGAUCAACGCCUUUUCCGAUUCUGGCAAGGUUGAUGAAGCCAUGAAAAUCUUUCAGAAGAUGAAGGAGUAUGGAUGUAAACCUACAACUAGUACUUAUAAUACCCUCAUUAAAGGAUUUGGAGUUGCCGGAAGGCCUUCCGAAUCUAUGAAAUUGCUAGAGAUGAUGGAUCAGGAUGAAAAUGUAAAAGCUAACGAGAGAACAUAUAAUAUUCUCAACCAAGCCUGGUGCACCCAGAAGAAUCUUGAAGAGGCAUGGAAUGUUAUGUACAAGAUGGUAGCGUCGGGCCUGCAGCCCGAUGUUGUCACCUUCAACACGUUCGCAAGGGCUUAUGCUCAGAAUGGUGAGACAGAAAAGGCAGAAAGGUUGAUAUUGAAAAUGAAGUACAAUAGAGUGAGACCUAAUGAACGAACUUGUGGUAUCAUAAUAAGUGGUUAUUGUAAAGAAGGCAAUAUGACAGAGGCCUUAAGGUUUCUUUACGGAAUGAAGGAGCUUGGAGUUCAACCGAAUCUCGUCAUUUUCAACUCUCUAAUCAAAGGAUAUUUAGACAUUACAGACACAAAUGGGGUAGAUGAGGCACUAACAUUGAUGGAAGAAUUUGGGAUAAAACCAGAUGUGGUGACAUUUAGUACCAUCAUGAAUGGAUGGAGCUCAGCAGGUCUUAUGAAAAAUUGCGAGGAGAUAUUCGAAGACAUGGUGAAGGCUGGGAUAGAGCCUGAUAUCCACGCAUACAGCAUCCUUGCAAAAGGUUAUGCGCGUGCUGGACAGCCACGAAAAGCCGAGGCUCUUCUGGCUUCCAUGAGAAAAUAUGGUGUCCAUCCAAAUGUUGUGAUCUUUACUACCAUCAUCAGUGGAUGGUGUGCCGCAGGAAGAAUGGACCGUGCUGUUAAACUCUAUGACAGAAUGCAUGAAAUGGGAACUCCGGCAAACUUGAAAACUUAUGAGACUUUAAUAUGGGGAUAUGGAGAAGCAAAACAACCUUGGAAAGCAGAAGAAUUACUUGUUAUCAUGGAAGGGAGGGGUGUUGCCCCAGAAACAACCACUAUACAACUGGUUGCCGAUGCUUGGCGCGCCAUUGGUUUUUCCAAGGAAGCCAAGAGAAUUCUAAAUGCUUUAGAAGACGACACUGAGCUCAAUCAGAAUCUUGAAGUCAACAAGAUACCGAUUCAAAGCUUGGACAGGAUUUAUAAUAAAGAGCAACUCAGUGAUUCCCACUCUAAUCCACUGCAGAUGCCUGAUGUAGUGGUAACUCAUCCAGAGAGAACAACAAAUGGCAACAUAAGAAGCAAAAUGAUAGUCAAUGCAUCUGUCAUUUCACAGAAGGCUACCACUUGCAUUGUUUUCGUUCGAACAAGUUCAUACAGGGUUCAGCCACUUAUUGUAAGUAAGCAGCAAACUCAAAACAACAUUUAUAGGCCCCUCCUUGAUUGUUGCAGGGCAGUGCCAAUACAUUGUUAAGGUGACCUUCAGCUAUGGCGGCUAUGCGCAAAUCCUGUCAAAAUAGAUUUCAUUUGCUUCUAUGAAAUUGUAAAUAUCAUCCUUGGACCAGGGAAAAAGGAAGACACACUUGCAGUUUUUACAAAAUGCUGGUGUAAAAUAUUCAUGUUCAGUUGCCAAAGGAAUGUAAUGUAUGAGAUACAUGAUGACAGAAAUCAUUCAUUUACAUUGCUAUGUAUGGUGCACGUUGUAGGGAAGUCCGUCUUCUAUAAAAUACUUGUAAAGAAAGAGAAGAAAACACAUUAUUCAGUAUGUCUCACUAGUA